UUCCCCUCUCCCCUUCUCCCCCCCCUCAUUGCUUCAGUCAGGAGGAAGGAAUAUCUAUCUCCAGGGCUGUUCUGCUUUUUUUCUGUUUUGAUCCCUCUCUCUCUCUCUCUCCCCUCCUCCCUUCUAGGAAUGGGGUGAAUCUAAGGGAUUGGCGUCUCUACGAGGAAAUGAUCCACAUUCAUUGCGCGCCUGGUUGUCAUUUCUUUUAAUAUGAUUUAGUCUUCGUUUUCUUGACAUCCAACAUGGAAGACGUUUCUUAGGACCUCCUUUUGAGCUGGAUGUGGGGCGAAGUGACCUCUUGUACCUCAGCGCCUCCCUAGUAUUGAAGACAAGUGGAGUAUUACUAUUAUUACUAUUAUUAUUAUUGUAUCCCGUGAGGAAAUGGAAGGACCUUCGGCGCCACAAGAACAAGGAGACUGGUCCCUUUUCACCGUCAAGCAUGAGCUGAGGAACGCUAAUUUGACAGGCCAUGUAGAGAAGAUUGGAAUUGAAAACUUUGAGCUUCUGAAAGUUCUUGGGACAGGAGCUUAUGGAAAGGUAUUUCUAGUAAGGAAAAUAAGUGGCCAUAAUGCUGGCAAGUUGUACGCUAUGAAAGUAUUGAAAAAAGCAACAAUAAUUCAAAAAGCAAAAACAACUGAACAUACAAAGACAGAACGACAAGUACUAGAGCACAUUCGACAAUCUCCAUUUUUGGUCACUUUGCAUUAUGCUUUCCAGACAGACACAAAGCUUCACCUCAUUUUGGAUUACAUAAAUGGUGGAGAACUUUUUACCCAUCUUUCACAAAGAGAGAAAUUUACUGAAGAUGAGGUGCGAAUAUAUAUUGGGGAAAUUGUAUUGGCUCUUGAACACUUACAUAAGUUAGGAAUUAUCUAUCGUGAUAUAAAACUUGAGAACAUUCUUCUUGAUUCUGAUGGUCAUGUGGUACUGACUGACUUUGGCUUGAGUAAGGAGUUCGUUGGUGAUGAGAAUAAGAGAGCAUAUUCCUUCUGUGGAACAAUAGAAUACAUGGCUCCAGAUAUUGUCAAAGGAGGGGAGACAGGACACGAUAAAGCUGUUGAUUGGUGGAGUCUGGGUGUUCUUACCUAUGAAUUAUUGACUGGAGCCUCACCUUUUACAGUUGAUGGAGAAAGAAAUUCACAAACUGAUAUAUCUAAGAGAAUAUUAAAAAGUGAACCUCCAUAUCCUCAAGAAAUUACUAAUUUAGCUAAAGAUUUUAUUCAGUGUCUUCUGAUAAAAGAUCCGAAGAAAAGACUGGGUUGUGGACAAGGUGGUGCUGAUGAAGUCAAACAACAUCCCUUUUUCCAGACAAUAAAUUGGGAUGACUUGGCUGCCAAAAAAGUGAGGGCUCCAUUUAAACCAAUAAUACGUGAUGAAUUGGAUGUUAGUAACUUUGCAGAGGAGUUUACCGAAAUGGACCCAACAUAUUCUCCAGCAACCACCCCACAGGCUGCAGACAAGCUUUUCCAGGGAUAUUCCUUUGUUGCUCCUUCUAUUUUAUUCAAACGCAAUGCAGCUACUGUGGAUCCUGUCCACUUUUUCACAGAGUUUGAUCGACCUGGAGUUACAAGUAUUGCCAGAAGUGCAAUGAUGAAGGAUUCUGCAUUUUAUCUUCACUAUGAACUGGAUCUGAAAGAAAAGCCACUUGGAGAAGGAAGUUUCUCCAUCUGUCGAAAAUGCAUGCACAAGAAAACUAGCCAAGAAUAUGCAGUAAAAAUAAUUAGCAAAAGGCUAGAAGCAAAUACUCAGAGAGAAAUAACAGCAUUAAAACUCUGUGAAGGACAUCCCAACGUUGUGAAGCUGCAUGAAGUUUAUCAUGAUCAGCUUCACACAUUUAUAGUAAUAGAACUACUGAAAGGGGGUGAAUUACUUGAACGCAUCCAGAAAAAGAAACACUUCAGUGAAACUGAAGCUAGUUACAUCAUGCGAAGACUUGUUUCAGCAGUUAGCCAUAUGCAUGAUGUAGGAGUUGUCCACAGAGACUUGAAACCUGAGAACCUAUUGUUCACAGAUGAAAGUGAUAAUUCAGAAAUAAAAAUAAUUGAUUUUGGAUUUGCCCGGUUAAAACCACCUGACAACCAGCCUCUUAAGACUCCAUGCUUUACUCUGCAUUAUGCUGCUCCAGAGCUCUUGAAUCAUAGUGGUUAUGAUGAAUCGUGUGAUCUCUGGAGUUUGGGAGUCAUUUUGUAUACAAUGCUCUCAGGACAAGUGCCCUUCCAAUCUCAAGAAAAAAAUAUAACCUGCACAAGUGCAUUGGAAAUCAUGAAGAAUAUUAAACGAGGGGAAUUUUCUUUUGAAGGGGAUGCUUGGAAGAAUGUGUCUCAGGAAGCCAAAGAUUUGAUCAAAGGACUUCUUACAGUGGAUCCAAAUAAGAGAAUUAAAAUGACCAGUCUGAGAUACAAUGAAUGGCUUCAAGAUGGUAGCCAGCUGUCAUCCAACCCAUUAAUGACUCCGGACAAUUUGGGAUCUUCAGGAGCUGCUGUCCACAGUUAUGUCAAAGCAACUUUUAAUGCCUUUAACAAGUACAAAAGAGAAGGAUUUUGUCUCCAGAAUGUGGACAAGGCACCUCUUGCAAAAAGAAGAAAAAUGAAAAAGACAAGCACAAGUACAGAGACUCGCAGCAGUUCUAGUGAAAGUUCUCAUUCUUCCUCCUCUCAUUCACAUGGUAAAACUACCCCUACAAAGACACUGCAGCCAGCAAAUCCCACAGACAGCAAUAAUCCAGAGGGAAUCUUCCAGUUUUCUGAAUGAUGAAUAAAAAAUAAUUGGUUUUUUGAGGUAUAAUUAAAUGGGUUUAAACUUACUGCAAUGUGAGCACCUUUGAACAUAGCCCCUGUUUCAGUUGUGUCUCACAGUGGCAUGUUAAAAUUCUUGAAUCAACGUUCAAAAAAGUGUUUUAGAAAAAGUUCCUGUAAAUUGUUUUUAAGCUGCCUGAAACAAUCAAGAGGAGUAAUUCUGCACAUGGAAGUAGAGCUUCUUUUUCCUCACACAAAUUGAUCUUUUUAUAGUUAAGGGGAAAACUAAUAACAGGGAGAAGUACAGAUGAAGGGGAAAUUACUGCUUGAUGAUUGAAUUUAUCUGAGAGGCUGAACUCUUGGACAGAUUAAAAGGAACAGAAGAAAGUAUAGCUUUUGAAUUUGAAAUGCACUGAAUUGGGGUGGAAGUUGUGCAUGGAUAAGUUACCCAGAACUUCCCAUGUAUACCUUUGUUGAAGCACAAGCCCCAUUUGUGUGAGGGCACAGAUGGCCAGUCAAAGAACCACAGUUACAGACAAGCUACCUGUUCUUUCUCAUUGUACACUGAGGAAACAGAGAGUCAACUGAACUAUCAGAAAUCUAUUUACCAAUAAUAGCAUCCUGGGGAGUAUGGAGACCUCUAAAUUAUGGCUGCUUUUCUUUGGAAAUUUCUCAUCUUUAGAAAAAGAGACAAAAUAUAUGGGCUAAAAUGAAAAAUCUAUGCUUCCAUGUAUGUAGCAGUGAUUUUCCGUAUGCUACAUCCAAAGAUUUCAGCAUGUGGCAUGGAUACAAAAGUUCUGGCAAAAGACAUAUGCAACAGUUCAGAUAGUACUUAGUCUGAGUAACAAGUAUGCAGAACUGUAUAAUUUCUUCUAUUCUACACUUUGGCUACUGUCUCUUUUCUAGUUUCAAAGACUGUUUGGUGGUUUUAGUACCAUUGUAGAGUUGAUAUGCUUGCUUGGUUUGCUUUGUGAGCAUUCAGUACUAAAACCACGUGCUAAGGUUUUUUGAACAAAUAUUUAUAUUUAUCUUUAUUCCUAUUUUGAAAUGUAAAAAUGAGUUUUCUUAUAUAACACUUCUAUAUUCCUGUUUAUCAUAUGGGUCCAAAACUUAAGCAUGCUGUGAUACAUAAUACAUGUGACAGUUUAUGCUCUGGUGGUAGCAUACAAUUCAGAGUUUUUAAAAUUCUGCAUAAACGCCUGCAUGAUUUAGUACACUUGUAAUUGCAUUUGAUGAGCUGCAAAAAAAAUGUGAGUGUCUUAGAGAGGAUGGAAAACUUGCUCUAGCAGUUUGAGUUAAGAAUUAUGAGUUUAUUGCACCAUGCAGCCAUGAAAUAUUAAGGUUUUGCUUUCCUGUCAUGAUUUCCAUACCUAUAUGCAAUACUCUUUUAAUUUGCCCCCUUUCAAGUUGGGGUAUCUUUUAACUUUAAACAAUUUAUGCACUGGGAAACCUAUAAAGGGAUUUGUUAUCAAACACUGUGCGUCACAACUAUACACUGUGUUUCUCUACAGCAACUUAUUUCUUGUUGUAGUUGUGAUAAAGGAUGCUUUUUAAUGAUGAAUUGUGAGGCAUAAUUGUCAGUAUGUGCAGAGCUUCUGUACUCUGCAAAUUUUGCAAACAUUGCUUGAAAGUCCUAUUGUGCAUUCAGUCGGACAAUCUACAUUAAACGUGUACAUAGAUGUCUGCAUGCUCCAGGUUCACCCUGCAGAUUUUAAAAACAACUUGCUGCAUUGUAAAAUAACCUAUGCAAAACAAUAA